GCAACAAUUUUGUGAUUUGGUUAUUUGUUUCUUCAAUUUAAUAAAAUAAAAAAUGUCCAAAAAAGAGGACAAUCCUUUCACAGUUUUGGGAUUAAAACCAUGGGUGACAAAACAGCUACAAAAACUAGGAAUCAAAACUGCAACGCCAAUCCAACAAAAUUGCAUCCCCCAAAUCCUUGGUGGUGCUGAUUGCAUCGGAGCGGCUAAAACUGGAUCUGGUAAAACAUUCGCCUUUGCUCUACCCAUUCUACAAAAGCUCAGUGAAGAACCUGUAAAUCACUUUGCAUUGAUUUUGACGCCAACACAUGAACUUGCAUAUCAGAUUUCAGAACAAUUCCAAGUCGCUGGACAGCCGCUUGGAGUUCGCGUUUGUGUAGUUGCUGGGGGUACUGAUCAAAUGAUUGAAAGCCAAAAGCUUAUGGCACGUCCUCACAUUGUUGUAGCUAUGCCAGGCCGACUUGCUGAUCAUUUGACUGGAUGUGAUACGUUUUCCUUUGAUUCUCUUAAAUUUCUUGUUGUCGAUGAAGCCGAUCGAAUGUUGAACGGAGACUUCGAUGAGAGUUUAGGAGUCAUUGAAAGGUGUAUACCAAAAGAACGCCAGAACUUGUUCUUUUCAGCAACGAUGAAGGAUUUCAUAAAAGAGUCAAGCAUAUUUCCCAUAUCAGAUCAAGCAUUUGAAUGGUCUGAAGAAUUCAAUACUGCAACUGUGGAUACUCUCGAUCAAAGGUACAUUUUAUGUGCUGACUAUGAUCGUGAUAUGGUUUUAAUCGAAGCUCUCCGCAAGUACAAAGAAGAAAAUGAAAAUUCUAAUGUUAUGAUUUUCACAAAUACAAAAAAAUACUGCCAAUUACUUUCAAUGACCUUGAACAAUAUGGGUAUUGAAAAUGUUUGUUUGCAUGGUUUUAUGCGACAAAAAGAACGAGUUGGUGCCUUAAAUAAAUUUAAAUCUAACCAUGUGCGUACUUUGAUUGCAACAGAUGUGGCUGCUAGAGGUCUUGAUAUACCAAGUGUACAAUUGGUUAUGAAUCAUCGAUUGCCAAGAACACCCAAAGAAUAUAUUCAUAGAGUUGGUCGUACUGCACGAGCUGGGAGAAAAGGAUUAGCUAUCUCGAUAUUUAGAUUUCCUAGAGAUUUAGAAUUACUUGCUGAAAUUGAAACGGCUAUUAAUACUAAGUUAACAGAACAUCCUGUUGAUCAACGAAUGGUAGAGCGAAUAUUUAUGCAAGUCAAUGUUGCUAGACGUGAACAAGAAAUAAGUCUCGAUAAUAAUGACUUUGAUGAAAGAGCACAGAACUAUAGAAGAAAAAAAUGGAUUAUGGAAGGACAAGACCCCGAUGAAAUGGAAGAAAAAUACCGUAAGAAGCAAAAGGACAAACUGAAAGAUAUCCGUAAAAAACGAAAAGAAUAUCAAAAAGAAAUGGCAGCCAAGGAACCAGCUUUAAUACAAGACGAUCGUUUCAAAUCUAUAGAAACAGAACGUUUUGAAAAACCCAAACGUACCGCAAACAAAGAUAAAAAGAAGAGUGAAACUACAAAAACUGUUGAUAAAAAAUCAAAAACUAUAAAGAAACCACUGACUUCCAAAAAUAAACAAAUUUUGAAGAAGAAAAUAAUAAAAUGAAGACAGAAAAAUCA